CACGUGACCAGGCGCGCAGUCACGGGGACCGUACCGGACAACGCGGAGCACAUGACUCCUAGACCCGGAGACGCGCCUCAGUCAUCGGCGAGGCUAUACUUUGUAUGAAUGAACCGUAUACUUCCUUACGCAGGGGACAACAGGAACUCAGGGCGCCGCCAGGGUUGGUUCCCCAUACCCCAUACCCAUCCAAGCCGGCUGUGCAAAUUGCAUACAUAGUUUCGGACGGUCCAAGAGCGAGCCUGCGCGAGUUGAGUGGUGGAGCUCUCGACCCUUGUCGGCGCCUAUCGAACGCGUCUCGGGCUGUAAGCGUGCAUUUCCGCGCUGGAAGGACCAGACGCUCCGUUCCGGCAGGCAUUCCACCACACACCAUCCUUUCACCCUUUUCUUCAAUGUUUCUCGUUUUUGCCUGGUCGUCUCCAGUUCGUGCCUCCCAACCUCCUGGCCCUCGUCUUGGGGGGUGAAGCCUCAAAGUUCCUUCCCUUUCAUCCUUGACACGCUUCAUCUUUUUGUCUUUCUCUUUCCUUCGGGGACUCUCUCGUGAAUCGUUCCAUAGACUAGACAUUCCUCCCCUAACCUUGUCUCGACG